AUUGAAAACCACUAACCUCUUUUUGUAAUGAACCAAAUCAAGCAAAUCCACGCACACACCCUCCGCCAAGGCACACUCUCCCUCCAACUCCUCAUUCAAAAACUCCUCAACCUCCACCCUCCAAACCUCUCUUACUCCCACUCUCUCCUCCUCAACUCCCCCUCCACCUCCUCUUUCCCCUUCAACAAGCUCCUCCAAUCCUACUCCCGCCAUGGCCCCUUCUCCCAAGCCCUCUCCCUCUUCACCCAAAUCCCCUCCCCAAACCUCCACUCCUUCACCUUCCUCUUCUCUGCCUGCGCCUCCUUCCUCCGUCCCCUCGCUGGCCAAUCCCUCCAUGCCCACCUCAUCAAACUCGGUUUCCCCUUAGACCCGUUUGUCGCCACCUCAAUCAUUGACAUGUACUCCAAAACCGGUCUCCUCCAACAUGCCCACAACCUCUUCGAUGAAAUCCCCCAGCGGGACACCGCCUCGUGGAACUCGCUCAUUGGCGGGUACGCGAGAAAUGGUAAUAUGGGCAUCGCCCGGGAUUUGUUUGAUGCGAUGCCGACAAGGAAUGUUGUUUCGUGGACGACGAUGGUUUCAGGAUAUGCGCAGAAUGGGCUAUAUCUGGAGGCGGUGGAGGUGUUUUUGAAAAUGUGGAGGGAGGAAGGGGAGGUGAUGCCGAAUGCGGUGACGGUGGCGAGCGUGCUCCCGGCUUGUGCGAAUGUGGGGGCACUGGGUUUGGGGAUGAGUGUUGAUGAGUAUGCGAGGAGGGAGGGGUUGAUUGAGAAUGUGUUUGUGAGGAAUGCGCUUGUGGAGAUGUAUGGCAAGUGCGGGAGUAUCGAGAGGGCGAGGAGGGUGUUUGAGGAAAUGGGGAGGAGUGGGAGGAGGAAUUUGUGCACGUGGAAUUCGAUGAUUAUGGGGUUGGCAGUGCAUGGGAGGGCGGGAGAGGCACUAGAGCUCUUCGAUGAGAUGAGAGCAAGAGGAUUCACACCUGACGAUAUCACAUUCGUCGGCGUUCUUCUAGCAUGCACUCACGGAGGACUCGUACACCAAGGACAGAACUUCUUCAAAUCAAUGGAAAAGGACUUCUCAAUAACACCCAAACUCGAACACUAUGGUUGCAUGGUCGAUCUCUUAGGACGCGCUGGACUUUUAAACGAAGCAUAUAACCUCAUCAAAACAAUGCCAAUGGAACCGGACUCAGUCAUAUGGGGAGCUCUGCUUGGAGCUUGCAGUUUCCAUGGAGAAAUCAAGUUGGCAGAAAUAGCAGCUGAGUUUCUCUUCAAGCUUGAGCCAUGGAAUACAGGGAACCAUGUGAUUCUUUCGAAUAUAUACGCUUCAUCAGGGAAGUGGAAUUCUGUUGCUGAAGCUUGGAGACUGAUGAGGGGUAAGCAACAGAAGAAGGCAGCUGGUUAUAGCAUUAUUGAGUUAGACGGGAUCAUGCAUAAGUUUCUUGUGGAGGAUAAAUCACAUCCAGAGUAUAGGGAUAUUUAUUUGUUGUUGAGUGAGUUGAUGUUUAUCAUGCGAAGGCAAGUUGAUGAUGAGUUCAACUUGGAUUGUGGAGAUUGAGAGCUAUGACUAGGUGUCGUUGAAAGGGAUUCAAGCUAAGGCAAUGUAUCGGCAAUGGGGAGUCAAAUUC